AUGGAGACCAUGGAGAUGUCUCCCUUGCCUCACAAGCCGCCGUUCAUUGUCACAACGGAAAUUGAAUUGAACCCACCUACACCAGGAGGUUCUCCAAUCGAUUCGCCCAUGAUGUCGGCUGCUCCCAGUCCGCUUCAAGAAUCUCCGUUGAUGGGCCCAAAGGAGGACAAACAAGAGAGAAAGCGUCCGAGUUUCUUGAGGCCCAGUCUCGCGAGAACCAAGGCCCAGUCCUUCCAGCUCGGCAUGGCCAAACCAGCACCGGAAAGUCAAGCACCGCCGUUCAAGUUCCAGACCCGAGGGGCCAAGACGUCGUUGAGCGCUUCAACUUCUUUGGAGGAUAUGUUUGGGGAAUCGCCGCAGAGAGAAAGGCCGAUUGUACGGAACAAUUCCAGCACUCUCCUGAACAACCCUCGCCUUAGACCACCGCUCGGCAGUGGCAGCAAUGGGAGCCAUGCCCGUGGAAACGGAUCCCCCUCCGCUGCGUCGAUUCGCAAGAGCUCGCACCCCCUGAUGCGCCCUCGGAAACAAUGCAGACGGUCACUGAGCAUGUUUGAGCACCCCGAGGAUGUGAUUGCCGAAAAAGAGGCCAAUUAUACUACAAAUGCACCACUUCAAUCGAUCACAGAUGUCGAUACCACACCCAGCCUGCAGCUACCUCACUUCAUCCCUGAGGACUCGGCUGAUACAUUGCCUCGCAUCGACAAGACAAUCCUUGUGGAUCUCAUGGAUGGGAAGUACAACGAUCGAUUCGACCACAUUAUGGUCGUCGAUUGCCGAUUUGAAUAUGAAUACGAGGGCGGCCACAUCAACGGAGCGGUCAACUACAACGACAAGGAGUACCUGGCCGCUCAACUUUUUGCGGACCCAAAGCCUCGGACUGCAUUGGUUUUACACUGCGAAUACUCCGCACAUCGGGCACCCAUCAUGGCCAAAUACAUCCGUCACCGGGAUCGCGCUGUUAAUGUGGAUCACUAUCCACACCUGACUUACCCGGAUAUGUACAUUUUGGACGGGGGUUACAGCGCCUUCUUUGCUGAUCAUCGAUCGCUAUGCUUCCCCCAGAACUACGUGGAGAUGAAUGCCAAGGAGCACGAAUUUGCCUGCGAACGAGGCCUCGGGAAGGUCAAGCAGAGAUCGAAAUUGAAUCGCGCACAAACGUUCGCUUUUGGCCAACAUUCGCCUCAAAUGGAAGACAGCCCUACUGGAAGGUGCCGUAAUAACCCAGGCGAACGUACUCGUUUCUUGGACUCUCCUUUUGAGGGGACGCCCUCCUCUCGCGGUCCUGGCCGCCGUAUGCUGUCGUACUGA